UUAGUGGUUUAAUAUUACCUAGCUGAGCCCCCCCACAUGAUUGCAUCAACCCGUCCAGAACGGCCAGACCAUCUCCAGAAUAAUAAGUUUCCCAAGUCUCUCCUGUGAAAGCCUCCCUGUUUCCCGCGACACCUGGACACGCAAGUGCAACAACCUCAAGACAACCUAGGCGGUCUUGAAGCUGGAUCUUUGAACGAGGCUCUCUUCACCUCUUUGUUUCUCUCUUAUCUAUUCUUCUAUUCUUCCAUCUGAUUUACAGUACAUUACAUAUGCUCCAAAAUAAUAAUACCACACCAUACAUCCAUUCUAACUUGGACACAAUACUCGAACACGCAUUUGUUGCACCUGCUUUGUCAGGACAAUCCAUUCAUCCCCAUCCUCUUCGUCAACACACGAACUUCGUCUCACGGCAUCUGCAUAAUGCGAAUAUUCGCUUAUUCUCUGUGGCACCCAUCCUUCAGUUAACCAUCCGCCUUAGCGCCAAUCUUUCCUUCGCCUCGUAUCUAGACAGUAGGCUGUCUCCGGGCUACACAGUCGCGUCACCAUGGUAUCCGACGAAACAUUCGAGAUAUGCCUCCCCAUCCUACAGGAUCCGAAUGUCGAUGACGAGGACAAGACAGAGAAGAUCGAGGAGUUAUUAAGGAAGGAAACUACUCUAAGCGGCCAGACAUUAGAUAAUGCGGUACUCGAUGUGUUAUGGCGAUACCGCGAAGGGGGAGGAAGCGCAACCUCACCUCCCCCAAUACGACAGACUAUCCUUCGCCGACCAUCUCCAGCCUCGUGGCGGGGUUCUUCGACACCUUUGUCCGGCUCUCCUCGACUAGGAGUGAGUCCCCUCGCUCCGCCUGGCUUUGUUCCUACCAACCUUAGUCGGACUAAAUCCUCGACCGUAUCUCCUUUCUCCUCACCGCGUCCGUCACCGCGACUCGCGUUUGCUGCCCCAGUAAUACCACACAGUCCGAACCUUAAUGCUUACGAAUUUGCCAACGAUACGAGCCCUUCCCAAGAAAUAUUCGGCGAUCUACAAACAGAGAACGUUGAUUGGCUAGUCAGCGAUGAUGCACUCAGCAUCACUUCUUCUAUGGGCACGUCCAGUGGCCUCAAUGCCGCCGCCCCUGAAUACGUGUCUGCCCAGCAGACAGAUAUGACACCUUAUGAUAUGUUGCGCUCGAUUCUUGGGCAAUCUAAGACCGACGAGGAAAUUGAAGGAGCUCUUUCUAUGCACGGCUAUGACCUAAGUGCCACCAUCGCGUCUAUAAUGGAAUCUCAAGGCCAAGAUUCAACCAACGUCGCAGGACUUACACCUGAAUCUAAAAGUGUACUUAUCGGAAAAUCUAUGACGCCUGAUGGGAGGCCCACGACACCGUCUGCUCAACAGAAAGCUGGUAUCAUCUGCAAGUUUUAUCUGUCCACUGGACAAUGCCUCCGAGCGGACUGUCGAUUCAGCCAUGAUCUUAGUAAUCACAUUUGCAAAUACUGGGUCAUGGGCAAUUGUCUCGCUGGUGACACAUGCAUUUUCUCUCAUGAUCCAGCUCAUCUUAUGAAUCGUCUCAAUGUGGAUGGCAGUAGUACACCCCCGCAGAAGAGCCAAAACCUACAGGUGCAAGAUUUCAGCUCAUUUCCGUCACUUCGGCCUGGCACCCCAGAGUUGAACCCGUAUGCUGCUAGUUUUAAUUAUCCAGCGUCAGGAGUGACGCCUCCACCAGGACUAAGGCCUGGACAUGCUAAUACGGGUGGUGAUGGACCUCGCCCGCGCUCGCGACCCGGGAGUAGGCAUCAGACGAAGGAAGGUAUGAGUGCGCCGUCGAUAGAUGACAACGAUGCAUUUCCUUCUCUUGGAUCUGCUUCGACCAAGCCUAACAAGAAACAUCAUGGCAAACGUGGCGGCCAUGGUCAUGGUCACAAAGAUAACUUUACCCCAAGUUCUCUGGCCGAUAUUGUAAAGAUGUCGCCGUCUCCCGGUCCAGGAUCUGGAUCUAGCCGACAGGACUCAAAGAAGAUCGGUCGCAAUGGAAGUGCUACCAAUGUGAAAAACGGGGAAAAUAGCGCUGCUGCUCAAGCAAUCCCUAUGCCUAAGCACAUUCCGUGGAUGGAAACGGGAGAUAGAGCUAACAAGGCUUAUCUAAAGGCUCGUCAGGAGGCCAUUAAACACGGUGGCCUCAGGAACAAGUUUCUACAAAGUGCUGCCCAGGCAUGGAAUCGUAAUGAUGCUCGAGCAGCGAAGGCUCUUAGCCUUAGGGGUCAAAGUGAAAAUGACCUAAUGCGAAAGGCCCAUCGUGAGGCUGCGCGCGAACUAUAUGAGGAGCGUAACAAACACUCUCCUAGCUCUGAGAUCUUCGUGGAUCUACAUGGCCUGCAUCCAGACGAAGCUGUCGAGUAUUUGGAGAAGGUACUUUUGGAAAAUAGUAAGGAGAGCAGACCUGUGUAUGCCAUCACUGGGACCGGCCACCACAGUAAGAAUGGGAAGGAUAAAGUGGGUAAGGCCAUCAGAAACUUCCUCAACGAGUGGAGAUACGCCUACCGCGAGUUCUCGGUUCCCGGAGACCGGAACAAUAUGGGAGGCAUUCUCGGAAUCGAUGCUAGAAGCUGGGAUAAAUCUCUAUCAAGGGAUGGAUCUAAGGAGAAGGACGAGCCUAAAGAGGACGUUGAUAUCCUGAGCCAGGGCGUCGAGAUCGGGGAUGGCAAGGUUCGACUCCUCGUUCGCGAUCCUCCUAAGGGACCAAGUGGUAGAGGUCGGUGACUAGUAGAAGAUAGUACGACGAAUAAAGAAAGUUGAAAUAUUCUCUUACAAACAGUUCAUAUGCUAUCAUUUUAUCUAUAAUAAGGGAACUCGGAUCAAUUAGAUCAGCUUGGCAACGUCAUUGAGCUCGAGGGGCUCCAGAAAGCUCCAGGAUUUUAAAGGAGCUAUCUACGGGUUACUACCUUGGCCCUAUACAAGGGCCGACGCGGGGCGGGUGAUGGCCAAUAAUUCGUUCGGGGAUAAGCGGAGCAUCAUGAUGUAAUACAUGUACACUGCGUAAGGCUAGGUAUGUACAUACAUGUAUGUACCCGGAUAGGUACACC